UAAUGACAGUUAUUGAAAGCCAGCCGGCCAAUACUAUCGUCCACAACAGUAUAAUAGUAGCGACUGCAUAUAAUCUCAUUCAUUUUGGUUCCUUGUGUGUUGUAACUAUAAAUCAUGUUGAUACCGUGGACGACAACAUUAAAGUGUAAUGACUAUAAUAAUAUACCGUGGUCACCCACGAUAAAGUAUGAAAAACCCUAUGACUCAAUGCGUGUUAGCACAUAAACAUGCAUUUUUUGGAAUGGUUUUGAGAUUGAUGAUCCUGUUAUCCUGUAUGAAUUUAACGAACAUGCGGUGGAAUGAGAUAGCAUUAUCUCUUGCUCCCUCUAACGUAUAACUCCAUCCCUGACGCUUGGCAUGUUUCGGCAAUAACGGAGACAAAAAUUGAAGGAAGAUUAUUUAUUUUACAAAGUCAUGGUACAUCACUAGCGUAAAAGAAAGAAAAUGUAUGAUGGUCUUGGAAUUGAAAGUAAUGGCGGCUUCUCCAGUCAUUGCUGCUUUAGUUCUAACUAUUGAAAUAAGCCUACAUUCAUCAUAAUAUAGAUGGUUUCACUGAAUUGUAGAUUAUCUUGGUUUUGUUCUUCUUUAGUGUGGUGAUUACUUGAAAUGUGACUUCGGUCUGUCUCCGAGAAUUUAUUUUUCCAGAUACAUUCAUUUCCAGAACGGCAAAGUGGAGUAGCAUGUCGAGUGACGAAGACAAGCCGCCGGCGCCGCCCGUGCGCCUCACCAGCAACCGCGCCGUUGACCGCGUGGACUCUGCCCCCUCCGUCGACAUGAGGCCACUACCCAAAGAACCGGAUGACGGCGGUGACAGGAAAAAGAAAACAUUGAAGGCUAAAAUAAAGGGAUCGAAAAGCACCGCACACAAUGAUAACAAGCCUAACAUUAGCUAUCCAACCAAUUUCGAGCACACGGUCCAUGUUGGAUUUGAUGCGGUUACUGGAGAAUUUACGGGAAUGCCGGAAGCAUGGGCGCGGCUGCUUAUGGCGUCGAACAUCAGCAAGCAGGAGCAGAAAAGCAACCCGCAGGCCGUGCUCGACGUGCUCAAGUGGUACGACGCGUCCGCCACGCAGCCGCCGCCCUCCAAGUACAUGACAUCUGCUCAGAUGCACACCACGCACUCAGGGUCAUCGGUAUCACGAGUGUCUUCCAGUAGUCCAUCGUCGUCGACCCCCACGGACACGGAGCACCCCGAGCCUCCGCCUCCGCCACCGUCUCGACCCGAUCGCACAAAGAGUAUAUAUACGAAACCAAUCGAAGAGGAAGAGGCCCCGCCUCCGCGGCCCGCGCCGUCGCCGGCGUCGCCACCGCACGUCCCGCAUGCUACCGUAACUGCACAUCCGCAGAUACCGAGCAGAGUGGAGGUGAGCCCGGCGCCGACGCCGCUGGACCGCAACAAGAACCCGACGGCCGCGCCGGCGCCGCAGACGCCGCCCGCGCACGCGCCGCACCCGCCGCCCUCUAACGGCGCACAGACCAACACCGAAACCGGAAGAGCGACCGGACAGCAGCAGAGGAAAAAGAAAAUGACUGAUGAGGAAAUUCUAGAGAAGUUAAGAACGAUUGUUAGCGUUGGUGAUCCCAAUCGAAAAUACACAAAAAUGGAAAAAAUUGGACAAGGGGCAUCUGGCACGGUAUACACGGCUAUCGAAACAUCAACGGGCAUGGAAGUGGCCAUCAAACAGAUGAACCUCAGCCAGCAACCUAAGAAAGAGCUCAUCAUCAAUGAGAUCCUGGUUAUGCGGGAGAACAAACACAACAACGUUGUUAACUAUCUAGACAGUUAUUUGGUUAACGAGGAACUGUGGGUAGUGAUGGAGUACCUGGCCGGCGGGUCGUUGACGGACGUGGUGACGGAGACUUGCAUGGACGAGGGACAGAUCGCGGCCGUCUGCCGCGAGGUGCUGCAGGCGCUGCACUUCCUCCACACCAACCACGUCAUACAUCGAGACAUCAAGUCUGAUAACAUUCUACUCGGCCUUGAUGGACAAGUUAAAUUGACUGACUUCGGUUUUUGUGCGCAAAUAUCCCCUGAACAAAACAAACGAACGACGAUGGUGGGAACUCCAUACUGGAUGGCUCCUGAAGUUGUCACGAGAAAGCAAUAUGGACCCAAGGUGGACGUAUGGUCGUUAGGUAUUAUGGCUAUAGAGAUGAUCGAAGGAGAACCGCCUUAUCUUAAUGAAAAUCCUCUUCGAGCUCUGUACCUGAUCGCGACCAACGGGAAGCCAGACAUCAAGGACAAGGACAAGUUGAGUCCCGUGUUCCAGGACUUCCUCGACAAGUGCCUCGAGGUGGACGUCGACCGGCGCGCCACCGCGCUUGAUUUGUUAAAGCAUCCGUUUUUGAAGUUGGCCCGGCCUCUGGCGUCGCUAACGCCUGUGAUCAUGGCGGCGAAGGAAGCCGCCAAGGGGCAUUAGCGCAGGCUGCCGGCGGCCGCCGCUGCCGCGCCCGCGCGCCCCUAGCGCCCUCAGUGCCUGCUGCAUCGUAAACGAACGCUUCACACGAACUAACUACACCACACCUCAGCCACAGUACGAAUAUUACUAAUAAAUACGUUAACCUUUUUUGGUUCAUUUACAUGAAUUGUUCGUAUUUGUGAUAAACUUUCAGUACUUCCAGACAAUCACUUAGACUGAUAGCUAAAAAAAUGCGUUUUCCACACGAUAAACGUUUUCAAUCACCUAGCUAAGACCUGUGUAUGAAAUAGUAGGAUUAUGUAAGUCCACCUCCGAGAUACUUAAAAUGGUCUUCAUACGUCUGACCUGACAGUAAAAUGAGGAGUGUCUGUCCAAUAGGACUUAUUCCAUUUUUUUUUUCAUCAUUAAGUAUGAAUACAGUUCUUCUAACAUUAAAUUGAGCAUUUUAAUGAAGAUCAAAUUUCUAAAAGUCUCUUCUCGUUCUCUAAAAGAAAGGUUCAAAGGAAAAAGGAAGGUAUUGAAGUAAUACAUGUGCGAUUAGGUAAUUCGCCACUCGUGUCGAUUUAAAAACCUUCCUUCGGUCGUGUUUUAAUAUAUCGCCACUCGUGAAUUUCCUAUUUUUCGCACUUGUGUCGUAAUUCUCUAUUUCCCGAAAAAAAAUUUUGGAAAGGAAUAAGCCCUUUUGAAAAAACACUCCUCAAACGUAACGUCGUAGUUGCACCUCCUCAGCUUGGUAAAUAAGAAAUUACUCUUCACCAAUAACCGGGACUGUUCCUGAUGAAAGUUAAAAUGUUGACCCUCUUUUUUAAUGUUUUUGAAAUAAGCAAAUAAACGAAAGACCGUUUCUCUUAACUCGAAUAGGGAUACACAUGACAGUUGAUGCAUAGAUUAUUUAAUACAGUGCAUUGUUAUUAUUAGUAUCGAAUUUAUCGACAUUAUCAUUUCCCUUAUUUCUUGGGCUAGGCAUUUUUAAAUAUGGUUCUUUAUAUGUAUAAUUUCUGGAACAUGAGACUUCACUUCCAUAUGAUGGAUAGUAUUUUGAUGUCUUAAGUGUCGUGCAAAAAGUUAUUGAUUAAACUUAAUAUUUGACAACCCGAGUUACCGCAUAAUGUACGGAGCCGUACAGCGCCAUCUACAUCGACUGUCUUAUUCGAAGCACGAAGUCGUCUUAGAGUUGACACAUUUUACUAAAUCAAUUAAUCUUUAGUAACGUGGCAUGACAUACGAGGGGCAUAAAUUGGCAACGUAUUUUGUUAUAUUAUUAGGUGGUAUAGUUAUGUAUUAUUUAAAGCGCAGCAACAUUAAAUUGUACUAAACUUUUAGUAUACUUACGAGUGUAUACAGACAUUUACCUAAGGACUUGAUAACUUAACACCCUUUGCCACUGUUUUAGAAAAGGUGGGUCUGACCAUCACUAUCCAUCUAAUAUUUUUAAUUUUUAUCUUUUGCAAAAUCAAGGUAAACGUCCUAGUGAUCGACAUGCUAAUGCACCUCACAACAACAACUGUCACCUCUAUUGACAAUGCCAAGUAGUGGGACAGUGACGAGCACUGAGACGUCUACCUUAGGCUGCGUUGCCACUAUACCGUAACGACAGAUAAUCGUGCGUCGUGGCCUGUACAUUUAGAUAGAGAUGUUCACAUGUAGAACGGUAAUCGUACUGUCGUGGCUUGUAUAUUUACUAACGACUAUCUGUCUUUACGCCAAAGUGGGAGCGCGGCCUUAGUCCGGAUAUAAACGAGGAGCCCGAGCGGAUCUUACAUUACACAUCGUGUUCCAUGACUGACUGAUGAACUGCUGGUUGGACCUACCUUAGCCAUUGGUUCCAGACCGUUAGAGAAUGCCUAUUUGUUCCGUUUGAGUCCUGUUUUCGUUGGAGUUUAGCUAACCUGUCGUCAAUCAGUUAGGACAAGUUUUGUGAAACGGUGAAGUUCGGCAGUUCAGUAAGUGGCCGACCUAUUAUACUCUUUCGCAAAACAUCCAGGCAUUAUGUUAAAGAUGACGAUAGUUAGAGAGCAAUAUUUUAUCUGUAUAGUGGCUGCUGAAAAUAAAGUGAUCGUAUUUUUACAUGAAGAGAUUAAUUAAGAGUGCAGUCCAGUAAUUAAAGUAUUUAAGGAAUCCUAUGUAACGUAGUGGUGUUAUUUAUUAUUUAUUAGCGACGAUAUCUCUUAUUGACGCGUUUCUUUCAACUGUGACGUCAUAAAGAGAUUGACUCUAGGACCGAUAGAAAUAGAUAGAUCUCUUAGAUAUUUUGACAUUACAAAUAAAUAAUAUAGCUGCAAAUGAAGACUGGCAGUGAAAAGUUCGAAGAUCUUGUAAAAUGUAAAUUGUAGAAUACAUUAGGUCUGUUACAGUUAUUACCUCAAAUUUGGAGGUAGCUAGCUGUCGAGUACAGUAAAACACAUCUAUAUCAUUAUAAGAAAUUAACUUUUUGGCAUUUGCCAACCUACAACAGAAUUAUUUAAUAAAUAAACAACCUUUUUUAUAAUCUUCCAAUGUUAUUUAGGACCCCUUACGGAAGAGGAAUGUAUGUGGAUCAAUUAUAAUUUAAACGAAAAAUUACACUCUUGGUGAUUUUUGAACAGUUUUCAAGGUGGAAUAGAAAUGCUCCCCUCUUACAACAUUAUCAACUUGCGGCAUCUCUCCGUAUGUGAUAGUGCGCUUUUUGUACAUUUAAGUAGUUGCAGUUCCAUAAAAGACUCUGAAGUUAUAUUUGUACCAUCUGCUACGAGGGUCAAUUGACAUAAUUCGGUAAUAUACUCCAGCGACCCUUUUGAGCAUUCGAAUACGCCCAUGAAAUUAGACAUUACAUUAUGCCCGGUUUGUGUAACGAAAUCGGUAUCCAAGUCGAAGGGAUGGAUUUAAUUUGAAGUUAUGUAAAGUGAAUAUUGCCUUGACUUAAUCAAUAUAUGUGAGGUGUUUGUACAACGAUGAUUGCGAGUCUUUUUCCAUAAAAAAGUUAUGAAGCUUUUAAGGCGUAUUUGCGAAAUAUAGUUUUUAUUACUAUUGUUGUAUUUGGUCAAUAAACCACCUUAAUAACCCAGUCAAAUAAUGGGGUUUCACCACGGAAUGAGAGAUAAAAGGUAGAAACUUAUAUACGUCUUCAUUAUGUCUACAUCGGAAAAUCUCAUGUACGCGUUGCAUAUAAUUCAAGGUCAAGGUCACAAAAUUCGACUUUUUGCGAUUAUAAAGGGUUCUACAUCUAGGUAAACCUAGAUAAUAAAAUUUGGGGCGACAAGUUAUAUUCUAAUAUUUUUUUUAAUAAUAUAGAUAGAGAAUUCACGAUAGAAGGUACAGAAGGCAGCGGUCACCAAUCGUACUGUAGGGCAACGUCACCGAGAAUUUCGGUGAAUUGUUAUUUACGGGUCGUGUAUGUAUAUUUCAAAACAAAAGUUGUUCCUCCUGUUGAUUCUAUAAAUAAGCGCAUGUUUUUGUAUUCGCACCAAAAAACGUGGUUGACCAAAUUUAACAGAAAUAAACUAUACAUAGCAGUCUAUAGUAACUAACCUAUUAUUUGAUUCAAGUGUACAAAAAUUUGGAUCGCAUGAUUCAAUAGAUUUUAUAGCACAUUUUAGUUCGUACGAAUUAUAUUGUACAUGUGAUGAAUAAAAUUACAUUUUCGAGUUGCUUGCCAGCAGGCCCUAUAUGGUAGAUGAACACUUCAGGGCAUUCCAGAAAAGUGUCCAGUACGAAACUAUUUUUUUUACACUUCUGAUAAAGCUAAGAAGCCGAUAUUUGGCAUGAUAACGUUUGAUAAUUUAGUUUUAAAUUCAAAUGUAUAUAAUACAGAUUUGUGCAGGUUAUCUAGGGUAGCUGCUACACCUGUCACGUCCCGGCAAUGUAGACUUUUUUGUGGGAUGCCCCUUCAUAUCCAUGCUAUGGUAUAGAACUAGAGAUAGGUCCGGUUCUAACUAUUAGGGACAAGUCAACUUGUAUGCGAAAUAUAAUAACUUUUUGUACUGCUGCAGUGUGAGAUUACUAAUGUAGCGUUUACGUAUUAUUUUAUUUUUAAAAUUGACACGAAAUUUUAUGUAUGUAUUGCAAUACCAAGUUAUUUCUUGAAAGCAAUUCUGUCCAUAGCCGAGUGACAUGAUGUAAAUGUGGGUUUCACAUUGUAGCGUAAUACUUUCCUUGUGCGCGGUAUCCGAAUGGAUACCAAAGAGAAAUUGUCCUGGAGUCAAUUCUAUAAAAACAAAAAAAGAUGCAUGUUUUAAAGGUAUAUUGCAAAGGUAUGUUGUAAAUGUCGAUUUCAGGAUUAAAUUUUGAACAUUUUAUGGCGACAGGAAACGUGUCCAAUGUGUCCAAUUUUAUAGCAGUGUCGUAAACAUGUUAUUUUGGUUAUUGAUAUUUAUCGUUAUAAAAUUUAGUUUUUAUCAUUAUCAAAUGUAUAUACUACAUAUUUCAUGAUAAUUAAAUUCCGGUUUUUUACUGUUUAUUAUCUUUGUUUAAAUUAUGAAUUAUACUUUAAUAUAAAGAAAGUUUAUUGGAGCUGGUAUUUAACAUGAACACAUGUAAGUGUAUAAUAAAAUAAUAAGCCUAGGCUCACCGGAAGCUACUUAUAUUAUGUAUUAAAAUGAAUCAUUUUAUCAUUAUUUGUCGUAGUAUACCAUACUACGUUAAUUUUAUUGUAAUUUUAGUGCUUUGUUCUUACCCACGCGUAUUUUUAAAAAUAUAAUUUACAAUUAAUGUUUAUUAUUUUAUAUUUAUUAUGAAUGAGAAAUGAUGUCGGGGUAGGUAUGUUUCCGUAAUGCUGUGCCUGCUCGCUGUCUGUUUAUAAGGUAUUUCCUGUGUACCUAAUAUGAGUAUUAUGACCGCAUACUUGUAUAUUUAAGACUUGUCUUUAUAUUUUUGAAGUUUGAUAGCCUGGUUGCCUGUAAUAUUAAGGUUUUUAAUUUUAUCCACAAAUUGUAAUGGGCUCUGCGGGCCUAUGUUUAAAUUAACCAAGUAGACGACUUAAAAACUAGAUAGAAUGCGUUCGUUUUUAGUGACGUACGACUUGACAACAACGGGCCUGACAUACCAUUUGCGUAUACCCUGUCAAGAUUAUAUGUGGCCUUCGCCAUGUUGCGGAUUUUCACUGUUACUAAUUUAUUUUACUGGAAAGGAGACUCUUGACAACAGUCGUUGGAAAUCACCGAAGGUCAUCGAUGUAUGCAAGAAGAAAAGAUUUCGUAAAAACCGAUAUUACCAUAAAAAUGCCGAAUAGAAUAAAACAUUUACAUAAAUAAAAGGACGAAGAAAUGUUACAAAAUGUUUUGAAGUUAGUUGUUGACCAGUAGCCUUACCACGACUGUCUUGGCAGUGUCAAACAGACAUAUUCGCUAACGUCUGCGUAACUUAGUUUUAUACAUCUCUCUCGUACUAAUAUACGUGUACGAGAAAAAUGCAUAUAAAGUAAGUUACGCACAUGCUAGCGAAUAUGUCAGUGUUAAACUGUACGGCUAUCACCAGCUACUGGUGGUAGCCGUACACACCGAUACUGACAUUUUAUUUGACCACACAUGACGUACGCACAUUAUUGCCAUACAUAAGCUGCUUGUAGCGUCUUUAUCCCGGGGCCAAAUAUAAUCUAGGCAGGCUUCACUCAAAUGCAUUUUUCAGCCUGAAAUCUUGAGAGAUGAAUCAGAUGAACCUCUCGCGCUCGUAACUGUUCGGAACCGUACCUCUGGAUGCCGUAGCCAUAAUGGCUUCAAAUUCGAGCCAGCGAACUCGUCAUUAGUCCUAAACCGCAACGCAUUAUGGAAGAAUACCUCAAGUCAUUAAAUAUUAGUAUACAAGUGACGCAUUUACUUAGUAUUAAGUUUUUAAAGUCUAUCGGAGCAUUAACUUUGUAUACAUUUGGGCGGUAAUACGAAGCUAAAGUUUCCUAGUUUUAUGGCACAAUAUUCAAAAUAAUUAACCAAUGAUUCAAAGACUCAAGUAUGUUUUUUUUUAAAUUUAAUAUUUUAUACAUUGAGUCUGCUUUCAAUAUACUUAACGCCUUUGUAAUCAAUGGCUCUAUGCUUUUAUUUUAGGUUGUGCCGAAUGACGCUAUUGUUUCCGAUUUAAUUUAGUCUAGAUCCUUGCAUAUUCGCUAUAAUUCUAUUACUUGUAGGUAAGUGUUGAUAUGAAUGCAGGAGUGGAAGUGAGAAUGUAUAGAGAAGGUAUUACAGAAACAACAGGGCGUUUGGUCGCCCUCCCUACUGUACAUAGUAUAUAACAAACACGUUAGAAUCGAGUACUCUUUGACAAUAUGAAGUGACCAAUUAACGCUACGUAGGUACUGCAACGGUUUCAGGUUGGUGCAAUCUACAACAUGCACUUGUAAUGGUAUCAGUUAUUUUUAUUCUCAUUGUGGGAGCCAUCAAAACUACAACCUAUGCGAACUAAAAUCCGGCAAUGAAUGAUAUGGUUAAAUCUUUUAAAUUAAUGUGCAUUUUCAAACAGCGCUUUUUAUAAUUACUUGUAGAUAUCAAAGUUUCAUAUCCACAAAUGAUCAAAGUACCGAAUAAAAUUACAAACAUAAUAUAAUGUUAGGUUGUCUGUGACUUUGAUCAUUAUAUAUUCCAAAACAACUCAGUGCUAGCAGUAAAAAGUCUUCCUGACUACCUCAAGCACAAAAUAAUUUCGAAAAAUAUUUUUUGGUAAGAUUUCUUAUGAGCAUAAAACAGCUUGUGAAAAUAUAAUUACUUACGUACACUUUUGGCGUAGUAGCGGGAAGCCAGUGAAGAUUAACAGAAAACGCUGGACAAAUAACAAAGGAAUAAAAAGUUUGAAGAAUAUAUUCUCAUACAUUGUAAUAUGAUUGUAUUUAUAUGUAUAUAUAUACAGAAUGAUUCAGGAGACGUGAGCAGGAUCAAGCCUGCAUAUUCGGUAAAUUAUCAGCAACUGUUUCGUACCAGUAUUUGUGAGAUUAACGUUAAUUUAAUUUUUACUGUUCAAAAAAAAGAGCUUCAUUUUAUUUACGAUAUUUAUGGUCACCCUCUUUGUUUUAUCCAUAAUAAGUGACAAAUUGCUGAUAAUUUACUGAAUAUGCAGGCUUGAUCCUGCUCAUACAUUGUAAUAUGCUUGUAUUUAUAUGUAUAUAUAUACAGGAUGAUUCAGGAGACGUGAGCAGGAUCAAGCCUGCAUAUUCGGUAUAUUAUCAGCAACUGUUUCGUACCAGUAUUUGUGAGAUUAACGUUAAUUUAAUUUUUACUGUUCAAAAAAAAGAGCUUCAUUUUAUUUACGAUAUUUAUGGUCACCCUCUUUGUUUUAUCCAUAAUAAGUGACAAACAGUUGCUGAUAAUUUACUGAAUAUGCAGGCUUGAUCCUGCUCACGUCUCCUGAAUCAUCCUGUAUAUAGUACUAUAUUUACAUAUUGUUCAAUUAAAAAAACUGCUUGAAUAUGUGCAUUUGGUAAAAAGAUAUAUAAUGCGUGGCCGGAUUUUAUUGUGUAUAAUAUUUAUUAAUCUAGCAAAUUACUGUUAGUUUCUGUCUAAUAAGUAUUAACCCUUUGACGCUAAAACCGCAGGUGUCGCGAGUGGUCUUACCUAUAGCACCAAUAAUGAUAUGCACUGUAAAGUAACUUAUUUUGCCAAUGAUGUUAGUGUGUUAGUGUGUGUGACACACCGACAUGAUACGGAUGAAAUCAAUAGUGGCUACCAAACAUAAUAAACAUGCGAAUGACCACAGUUCAACGUGUUUUGAUGGCCCCGACUCUUCAGCAUGCAUGAAAUCCACUAGGACUUGGAUAUUUUAGGUUAUAAGCAAUCCGGCCUAGUUCUUAGUUGUAAUUUCAGGUAUUGGGCCACUCAUGAGAUGGCCUACGUUAGUUAAGUACUAUGAACCGCACCAACCACGGCAAGAGUAUUUUGUGCAAUAAUGUAAAUUAUGUAUAACAUUGAAGGAAUUCACACAAAGUUAUUCUGUAUCGCUAAACACUUUUAAUGUUCUGUGAAAGAAAUGUAUUAACAAGUUCGUGAUUAUGAACAUAAUUAAAGCGUAAAAUUUUAAGUUUGAUAUAUAAUUGUAAUUAUGUAUUUAAUCUAAGUUACGAUUGUAUUAAUAAAUGUAAUAGGUUAUGUACAAGACAUUUAAAGCGAUUUAAACGUGUUCAUGAUUUUUGACAGUUGUAAAACAUCAGUGCCAUGUAUGAGCAACUUGUGCGUAUGAAUUACGAACAUAGAGGUACUAUAAUAAAAGACUCACCAUGUAA